CCGAACUCGGCUGUAGCCUGUGAUUCUUGUGGGGAUCCGACCUUUGUGGCCCGGAGAGUUUCACCCUGUGGUUUUACAUUUUCAUGCUGUACUUUCAGAGGUACUUGGCCAUUUUGUGCGUCUGCAUCUUCUAGUUGAUGAUGGGAUAAUUAUCACCACACUUAUUUCUUGUUAAAAAAAGAAAAAAUUCAGAACGACACAGGUUUUCUGAAGAAAGCACGUUUCUUCUCACUAUGGCUUCACCCAACAUUUACACUGACGUGAACUUCAAAACUCAACCUGUUUCCUCAGGCACCAUCCCAGACGCAACCUCAGCUCUCCCAAAGAAGACUACCACUCAAAAGAGUAGCCCUGGCUUUCCCGUGCUGCUUCUUGCCUUGUUGGUAUUUUUCCAGCUGUUGGCAAUCUUAUUCUCUGUUACUCUGAUCAUUUUGUUUCAAAUGUAUUCUGAACUCCUUGAAGAAAAAAAUAAUAUAAAACAACUGAAUCACACAAAAUUGGAUUGUAUGAAAAGCCACUCAUCUGUGGAAGACAAAGUCUGGAGCUGUUGCCCAAGGAAUUGGAAGCCAUUUGGUUUCAACUGCUACUUCACUUCCCCUGACUCUGCAACUUGGAAAGAGAGUGAGGAGAAGUGCUCCAGCUUGGGUGCUCAUCUGCUGGUGAUCCACAGCCAGGAAGAACAGGAUUUCAUCACCAAGACCCUAGACACUUGGGCUGCUUAUUAUGUGGGGCUAUCAGAUCCAGAGGGCCAUGGACAAUGGCAGUGGGUUGAUCAAACACCAUACAAUCAAAGUGCUAUAUCCUGGCACUCAGAUGAACCCAAUGGCAACAGGGAAUUCUGCGUUGUGCUAAGUUAUCACCCAAACCUUAAAAGAUGGGGCUGGAGUGAUGCCCUUUGUGAUGGUGAUCAUAGGGCAGUGUGUGAGAUGAGGCAGCUCUACUUAUGAAUCAAACAUUCUCUGUGGACACGUGACAUGACUGCUAGAAAGUUCCUCAUUUGGUCCUCUUAGGGAUCAAACAUAGCUACUUGGAACUCUAUCCGUAACUCAGUUCUUAGAA